UUGAGCGGAAACACACACACUUACCCACACACCCCAAAAUAAAGAAGUAACAAACAGAAACCUCUGUCCUUUUGCUACAGCUCCUAGUAGGGAAGCUUGCCCUGGCAGUGUAUAUCUGGUUGGGUUCUAUUGGGGGCCUUUGGAGAUCUGUGAGGCCCCCCACUUGAUAAGGUGCAUGCAUUAGAUGUUUGGUUUCAUUUGGUAAGAGGAAAUUUAGCAGAGUUGAGCAAUGGGACAGUUUUGAAAGCCCUUGAGAAAGCAUCAGAGUUGCAGAUCGUCAGGCGGCGAGGAAUCCAUGCUGCAUCCGUACAGAAUGGAGGGGUACAUCAUCCCACCCAAAGAAGAGAGUAGAGAGAGAGUAACCUGGACUGGCUGGAUGUCACAGACACCAUCUGUUCAAAAAGAUUACUGGGCAGUUUUAACAAAAGAUCAGCAAACAGAGGAAAUGUUUGAAUCAGACAUGUAUCGGCCACCAAUGGAGUAUCAAUACAUCAUUGAUGACGGACAAAAUGAUAACACAUGGGAAUACAAUUCACAUCAUGUCCAUCCAGUGGAUUUUGAAAACCUGCCAGAGAGCCAUUUCACAGAGUUACAGAGCAUGCAGCCACUACAUGUAUCAAAUGUGCAUCGCUUCACAGAUGUCGAGCCUGGCCAUUUUAUCGACCCAGGCCUGACUGGGCAUCAUCUCACCUUGCCUCCUCCACAGAUGACAUAUUUGCCUCGGCCAUUGGUGUGUUACCCUCACAGUAUACAGCCUUCUCCUCUCCAGCGCAGCUCAGAUGAUGAUGACCCUUGCAAUCGCAGUCCUCCUUUAGAGGUGUCUGAUGAGGAGAGCAUGAGAGAUCUCAUUACUUCAACAACAGGGGGAGAACAUGGUAACAAGAAGAAAAUUCGCUUGUAUCAGUUCCUGCUGGACCUUCUGCGAAAUGGUGAUAUGAAGGACUGCAUCUGGUGGGUGGACAGAGAAAAAGGCUCAUUCCAGUUUUCUUCCAAGCACAAAGAAGCUUUAGCUCACCGUUGGGGCAUUCAGAAGGGAAACCGCAAGAAGAUGACCUACCAAAAGAUGGCGAGGGCACUAAGAAACUACGGCAAGACAGGAGAGGUCAAAAAGAUCAAGAAAAAACUUACCUACCAGUUCAGUGGAGAGGUCCUUGGAAAAAGCCACACAGAAAGGAAGCUUUACAUGUAAACACAUGGUUAAGGCAAGACAAGGGAGAAACUUCCUCCUCUAUGAAAAGAGCAAUGGACUCAUGUGGACUAAAACUAUUAGAACAUUGACUCUAUUGUUUGAAACUCAAUUAUUUUAUUUUCCAUUCUUUUUAAUUAUAUAAUUAACUUUUGCAUUAAGUAAAUGUUAAAUUCCUUAAAGCUUUUCAAUAACUUUUGUGCACCAAUAUUUACCACAGGAUAUGUUUUCUGUAUAUACUUGUGGGGGAAGGACAAAUUAAAAAAAGUUAAAGCAUAUGUGAAAAAUAUGGUAUAUGACCAAAGUGGGUAGAUUAUAAAAAUGAGACAAAACCAAAUUCUCUAUUAGGGAUACUUGAGAACUUCACCACGACGGAAAAAAAAUAUCACAAAAAUACAAAAAGCAGAAGUGAAAACAAAUGACACAGGCUCACGCAGCACGGAAAAUUCUGUCACGUCUGGGCAGUAAACACACAGCCGGAAGAUUGACAUUUUUUGGCUUGUUUCUGUACUGUUUCUCUCAAAAUCACAAGAAAAACAAUCUUCAAAGAAACUAGAUAAAUAAACAUUAAUUCUCAAUA